CUGCGCGUGCUGGGGCGGGCUGGAUUUGCGUGAGCGGGGCCGGAUCUCAUUGCGGUGAUAGAGCUCGCAGAGCGGCUGUGCGGAAGUUCUUUCAUCCGCGCUGCAGAGAAGGGGCUUCGCCCUCGAGAUUAGCUAUUCUCGUCCCAAGUUUUCGCUUGGACGAAGGCAAAAGACGUGGAACUUCUUCGCUCUGUGUUUUAACUUGAAUUCUGUCGUUCGCUACAAGUUAGCGCCCAUUACCAUCGGGUAAUGGCAAGACCAAGCCACAGUGAGCAUGUCCUACAGCAGCUCAAUAACCAAAGGGAAUGGGGUUUCCUAUGUGACUGCUGCAUUGCCAUAGGGGACAUUUAUUUUAGGGCCCAUAAGGCCGUGUUGGCGGCCUGCAGCUCUUACUUCAGAAUGAUGUUCAUCCGAGAUCAGCAGGUAACCACACGGUUUGAUCUCAGCAACAUGCAGAUUAGUGCAGAGUGCUUUGAUCUCAUUCUGCAGCUCAUGUACCUUGGCCGAAUAGUAGUAGAUCACUAUGAAUUUGAAGAGCUGAAAUCAUCUAUGGCCUACCUACAAAUGUACUACAUCCCCGACUCACUGGAGGACCUCAGAGACAUCCGAACAUCCAAUCUGACACCCUCAUCCUCUGCAUCAUCCUCUUCAUCAUCCAGUUCCUCGUCUUCAUCCAGCGUGGUGGGAAGCAAGAUGAUGUUCGGCGUUCGAAUGUUUGAGCAGCAGCGACCAAGCCCUUCUGAGAAUGAACGCGCACCAAAAGCCUCAACCACAACUGCUCGUCAGACCAUUAACAUCUCAACUGUCAGGCCUGCCGAAGAUGUGGUCAUACCACACCCUCCACCACACUCAGAGACCGUUGCAGACCAGCCAUGUGACUUGAGGAAGAGAACUUUAGGCCGAAGCUCUGCCAUGAAAGAACGUCCUCGAUUUGGUCGUACAUACACUUGCGACGAUUGCGGUUUUGUUUUCAGCUGUGAAAAGCUGCUCAUCGAACACAUCCUCACGUGCACCAAUCGCAAAGCUUUCCAGACUCCCAAAGCCAGCAAGGAGGUUUACGGUGAUGCCGGAAAAGCAGAGAGUUCGCUCUCAGAGGGUACAGAGGAGCACAGAAUGGUUUGUAAGGGUGAAGAAGACUGGCCAGACCACAAGCCAGACACACAGUCAGUGAUCAGGUCCGUCGCCACCGGCAUGGACGGUGAAGCUGCCUUCACCAGGAAUAUUACCAUUAAAGUGGAGCGAGAUGAUGAUUCUGAGACCGAUUUGGAAACUAUAAAAGUCGUAAAGGUAGGGAACCAUAACGUAGGGAGCUGCAAAGUUCGUACCAGAGUGUACAAAGACAAUCUUGCAGACCAGAUAAAGUUUGACAGUGGGGAGGAGGCUGGAGUAUCAGCCAUGGAUGCUUUGGAGGGCCAAAGCACAGGGUUAGAUACAGAUUCAAAGGUUCACAGGAUCAAAGAGGAAAAGCAAGAUGGCACGUGCAUUCCAUGUGAGUUGUGCGGAGCCCUGUUGACGGAGGAGGAUCAGUCAGCUCAUUACAUCUCCAGCCACAUGGGACAUAUCUGCGCCUGUGGAAGGUGCGGCCAAGUGCUCAUUAAAGGCAGGCAGCUGCAGGAGCAUGCCGAGCGCUGCGGUGAACCCCAAGGGACCGAGACGGACUCCCCAGGUGAAGAUUCGCUUCUACUUGAAGAUGCCGAGGCUAUGGAAGAAAGCUUGCUGGAAGGGGCCGACCUGGGCUUUCGCUGUCCACUGUGUGGAAUGAUAUUUGAAAGUGAAAGUCUUGCGGUGGAGCACACAUUGGCUUGUCCGGAGCAGGAGUCGUUCCGGCCCGUUCUGUUGGAAGAAGGUGGUGAGCCAGACCAUCGGCGCAAGCAUUUCUGUGCAAUUUGCGGGAAAGGCUUUUACCAAAGGUGUCAUCUACGGGAGCACUACACUGUGCAUACCAAGGAAAAGCAAUUCACCUGUCAGACCUGCGGAAAACAGUUUCUGCGCGAGCGACAGCUGCGGUUGCACACUGACAUGCACAAGGGAAUGGCACGGUACAUAUGCCCUGUGUGUGAUCAGGGUACGUUCCUCAAACAUGAUCACGUGCGACACAUGAUCUCUCACCUGUCUGCCGGAGAGACUAUCUGCCAGGUGUGUUUCCAGAUUUUCCCCAGCGGUGAACAUCUUGAGAAGCACAUGGAUGUGCAUCUGUACAUCUGUGGCGUUUGCGGAGAGAAGUUCCGUCUCCGCAAAGACAUGCGGAGCCACUACAACUCCAAGCACACCAAGAGACAAUGAGAGGCCUCUCUCUGAAACCCUUGAAUCUUAGAAAUAAGCCAUACUGUAAAUGUGAGAACCAAUCUAUGCACUUAGACACCAAUUGUAACCUUUCCAACUGCACUUUCUAUGUGUAUGCAAAUUCUGGAUGUGUUGCUCAAUGUUUUUGGUGGGACAUAGUGCCUCAAGCGUUUGUCUUCAUUUUCUCAUACUUCGAAAUGGAUAUCCAGACACUGGUUAGGUCUAGAUAUUGACUAAAUCACACUAUCAGUGGUGUUUCAGUUGAAAAUGUUAAAUAGGUCUGUAGUUAUGAAACUGACCAGUGGCUAAUAGUUUUACAUCUAAUUAAUUAUAUCUGUUCAUGAAGCUUUAACAGUAGUACACAUCAACAUUUUAACUUUCGUAUUUAAGAGGACUUUUGUCAAAAAGGUAAUUUGUUUUUAUAGGUGGUGCUUUUUUAGUGAACAUAAGUAUAUACUGCUUUCAUUUUGUCAUUAUAUCAAGUAACUCUGGUGGCGUUAUUUGUCAUAAUAUUCCAUGUUCAUUUGUCCUUAAAGGGAUGGUUCACCCAGACUAAUUCUUUCAUCAUUUACUCACCCUUACUGUAUGUUAUUCUGAACCUUUGUGACUCACUUCUGUUGAGAUUUUGAAAAAAGGUCUGCUUUUUAUGGACUGUUUUUGUUCAUAAAAUUAAAGUUAUUGGGGUCCAAACUGUUCAAACAUCGUUCAAAAUAUUUUUUCUUCUGUUCCGCAGAAGAAGAAAAAAAGUAAUGUUUGGAAUGACAUGAGGGUGAGAAAAUGAUGUAAUUUUUUUGUAUAACUAUCCCUUUAAAGCUUUUAAAGAGAUAAUAAAGGAGAAUAGAAAUGCUAAUAGUAUGAGGGCACUUUUCCCUCCUUGCACCAGAACACUAAAAAUACUGUAUUUUAUAAAAAGCAGAGAAAAACACUCUUGUUGAUGCCUUUCAGCUAGCUGUAUUUGUUUUAACCGUCACUCAUACAAAACCCAGGAAUCUAUGCAAACUAUUAUAAAUUCAUCCCCAAUUUAGUGUGCGUUCACAGAGUUAAUGUGAACUGUGUUUCAUGGAGUAAAAACAUUUAAUGUGUAGUUAUUUCAAUAUCCCAAAGAAAUACAUGUCAUAUAAACAGAUUUAUAAACUCUUUCGGUUUGUACACAGACUAUCUGUUUCUAAUAAGGAUUACGUGAAAUACAAAACUUAUCAGCCUACGCUGUUUUUGUUCAGAGCUAUCAAACUAUAUGCUUUUGUUUAGAGUCCAUCUAAAGCUUAAAUUGGCUUAUAAAAGGUCUUAACAUUUCACAUAUUUCACACCUUGUAAAAUUAUUGUGGCUUGAUGUGAAGUAUGCCAUAUAAUGCUUGCACAAGGGUGUAGGGUAAAUCAUUACAUGUUUUUAUUAAGUACUUCAGCAAGCAUUAUUUAAUCCUGUGAAAUAGCCAGGUUGGUUUGUUUUUGGUUAUGUGUUUUUCAAGUUGAAUCUGGUUUUGUUUUUUUCAAGUUUAAUCACGUGAUGUUCAUACAGACUAGAGAGCAGGUUUUUGGAGCUGUGAUCCAUGAACUAUCAACGGCGCCCUGAGAUCAUACAGAUUAAUCUAGACGCAGUUAAUGAUUGGAUUAAGAGCAGGCAGUCUGGCUAAACUUGUGGCAGUUGGUGCUCCACGCUUCUGUUUAAAAUACAUUGUCACAUUCAAGCAAACUGACCUAUUCCGGCAUACAUAGCUUAAUGACUUAAUCUAUGGAUUGUUUAAAAAGUAUAUCAGAACUGUGUUACAGUGGGGUUUAUGCAGCCCACUUGUGUUCUUCAUCAGAAGUUACAUUUGUGAUGGGUUUUUAAACAAAAAGGACCAAAGCAAGCAAGUAGUUUUAAUUUACAGACAAACAGCUUAGACAUUUGCACUGGCUGUUCAGCGGUGUGUUUGGGUGGUGUGAUAUAAAUGUAGUGAAAAUAUUUGUUUUGCGUUGUAGAAAUAUUGUAAGGAAUAUAUGCAAAUAUUGUUUUUGAUCACAUUAAAAAAAAUCCUUCAGUGUUUGAUAUGUUCUUGGAAUUAAGAAACAAAAUAAAAGUUUAAAAAUUG